GCGGGCAUCGCCGGCCGCACGGGCUCCAUUUUGCGGUGUGGCUGCGGAGAGAGGCUGGAGGCUCCGCAAGUUCCCCUCAGAAUGUCAUACCCAGGUUAUCCCCCUUCUGAUGGCUACCCUGCUUUCCCAGGUUAUCCUCCAACAGGACAGGAGUCUGUCUAUCCACCAGCUGGUCAGUAUGCCUAUCCUGCUGUUCCUGGAGGAUUCCCUCCAUCAGGAGGAGGGACCUAUCCUGCAGCACCACCAAAUGCUGGGUUUCCAGGGGCAGCAGGGUAUCCUGCCCCAGGGGGCUACCCCGCUUCGGGGGGCUACCCUGGAGCUCCCCAGGCUGGAGGAAUGCCACCUUACCCUGGAGGCCCUGGCUUUGCUGUGCCUCCCACAGGGCCUGGCUUUGGUGGCUAUCCACAGCAGCCUCCUGCCCAAAGCUAUGCUGGAGGUGGACCAGCGCAAAUUCCAGGAUUUCCUGGUGGACAAGUACCCUCCCCAAUGCCUGGUCCGCCUGCUGCAGUGGUUCAGUGUACCCAGGGUACAAUUCAAGCUGCUCCAAACUUCGAUGCUGGAAGGGAUGCAGAAAUCCUACGCAAAGCUAUGAAGGGUUUUGGAACUGAUGAGCAGGCCAUCAUAAAUGUUGUUGCUAACCGCUCCAAUGAUCAAAGGCAAAAAAUCAAGGCAGCUUUCAAGACUAUGUAUGGCAAGGAUUUAAUUAAAGAUCUGAAGUCUGAGUUAAGUGGUAAUGUGGAAGAAUUGAUUCUAGCCCUCUUCAUGCCUAGUACCUACUAUGAUGCCUGGAGUUUACGUCAUGCAAUGAAGGGAGCAGGCACUCAGGAGAGUGUGCUGAUUGAGAUCCUUUGCACAAGGACAAACCAGGAGAUUCGCGAAAUAGUGAACUGCUAUAAAUCAGAAUUUGGAAGGGACAUUGAACAAGACAUCAGAUCAGACACUUCAGGACACUUUGAACGACUACUUAUAUCUAUGUGCCAAGGUAAUCGUGAUGAGAAUCAAACUGUGGAUUAUCAAAAAGCUCAAGAAGAUGCUCAGCGUCUGUACCAAGCUGGUGAAGGAAAACUUGGGACUGAUGAAUCUUGCUUUAAUAUGGUUCUGGCAAGCAGAAGUUUUCCCCAGCUGAAAGCAACAGUUGAGGCAUACUCCAGGAUUGCUAAUCGUGAUUUAUUAAGCAGCAUUGAUCGAGAAUUUUCUGGAAAUGUGGAACGUGGUUUGAAGACCAUUGUGCAAUGUGCUUUAAAUCGCCCAGCCUUUUUUGCAGAAAGACUUUAUUAUUCUAUGAAAGGAGCUGGCACAGAUGAUUCUACCCUCAUCAGAAUUGUAGUCACUCGCAGUGAGAUUGACCUCGUGCAAAUUAAACAGAUGUUCACACAGAUGUAUCAGAAGACACUGGCUGCAAUGAUAGCAAGUGAUACAAGUGGUGAUUACCGGAAGUUGCUGCUGGCAAUUGUUGGGCAAUAGAAGAGGAUUAUCUGGUUUUUUGGUUUGUUUUUUUUUGAAACAAACUGAAGGACAUGAAACAUGCUUUAAGCAGAUACUAACUAUCCCUGUAAAAGAAUAAUUUUAAAGGUUGCCUAAUCAAAUACGCCUUCUUGAUGAUUCAGUAAGCUUUCUGCACUUACAAUGCCUUAAUUUACAGCACAUAAUAUUCUUUAUUGUAUAAUAAAAGAUAUAUCUUAUCUAUUAGACCCUAAGCCUUAGUCUUUUUGACCCAGACAAAACCACUUCCCCUCUACUGGAUUCCUGCAUGCAUCUCUGUGGGAGUCAACUGUUUCAGCCAAAUGAAUCUGCAGAACUCAACAAGUUUCUGAAAUACCUAAACUGCUGAACUUACUGUAGAAGACAAAGCCCAAGGCUGUGAUAUCAAGUAUUUUACACCCUGUCCCCUUUUAAUAUGUUUCCAUCAUAAUGCUGAAAAACAUGCGGGUGCACAGUUUAAGUCACAAUACACUGACAGUUUAGGGGUCUUGGCAGAAUCUGACUGCACUCACCUAUUAAAUUCCUUAAAUUAGUGGUUAGGUGUAAUGGUAACUAAAGCAACAAUGGAAAGGAGAAAUCAUCGUGGAUCUGAUUCUCAAGUCUCUCUUGGAAAGGAGUGGGUUAUACAGUAGCUGACCAAGCAGUGAAAAAGCAUUUAUUUAAUGCUAAGCUGUAAAUGCAACCCAAAGCAGUUGUGAUCUACACAAUAUAAACGGCUAUGUCAAUGUUUUCAAAGGAUUUAAAGAGAACAACUUUGAACAGCACAUAUGGGUGUUUUAGAAGGAUGCAAUGAAUCUGUCCCCAGCCAUAAAUUUAAGAGAAGCUUCAAGUCCAGCAGUAAUAAGCAGUGUGUUCUUUCAGCAGUGCUUUAACAAGUAACAACUUGUUUACUGUAUUAUAGGACACCCUCACACAAACAGCACAAACUUAUUUCUAGUAUUAUCAGACAAAAGUCGCUAGGGCUGGUAGAGCUGGUUCCAAGAUGACAAACUUUCACUCUGCACAGCAUGAACAUAGAGGUUUUUACACAGCAACAACAGAUUAUCAAGUGUAUCAUACAAAAAAGCUUAUGUGUUUUA